GUCCCCGCCAAGUUUGAAAAGUACCGGCAACGCCAUAAACAACAACCAAAACAACAACAACAACAACAACAGCACCGGUAAAUCAUCGAACAGCACCCCCUCAGGUAUACUGACAACAACCGCAGCCACGAAAACAACACCGCCAACAGUCAAGGUCGAACAGGUGGGGGUGGUGAAAGGCGUUCCUCAACAGCAGCAGCAAAAAUCGCCGAAUACUAGCACUAGUUCUAGCUCCAGUAGUUCCAAUAGUAGUUCUAGCAGUAGUUGUACCAGUAACGGUAAUUAUCAACAGCAGCCAGUUGAGGCGACCUACGCCAGUGUGGUCAAAAAGCCUAAAAGUGAACGGCUGCAGCAACAGCAGCAAAUUGGCGGAAAUGCAAUUGUGGGUGAGUUCAAUGCGGCGGAUCUGAGGAAUUCCCUGGACCGGAAGCUGAACGGAUUGCUGUACAGCAAUGGCAUCAAUAUGGUUGCCCACCACCAGCCUCAAGGGACGACGACGACGACGACGACGGCCAUCGUUGGAGCAACCCUGAAAGAUAGUCCACGAUUCCACGGAGGAGGACCCAGCAGUGCCAAUCAUCUGAGCAGUAACGACAGUCUGCUACAGCUGGAUUCGAGCAGCAUAAGUAGCGUCAGUAGCAGCAGCAAUCACAAUCAGCUAAUUGGAAGCCCGGUGAGCGGCACCAACAACUCACCCAUCACCGGUAUCUCGUCGAAUGGGGCCCUGGUUCCGCCACCCUAUCGUGACCCUCCGCCCCCACGAAACUCACCCCUUUCACAUAAACUAGACAUCCUCAACGGCAACAACAGUAAUCCGAACGCCAGCAUCAGCAGCAACGGCAGUGGAAGUAGCCAGACGACCCUCAACAACAAUCUCAACAUCAACAAUAUCAACCGGAAACUGGAGAAGGAUAGCAUCAACAUGAACCUGGCCCUAAGUGCGGCUGCAGCUGCAGCUGCUGCAUCAAACGCUGGAACCCCAUCAUCCUCGACGACAACAGCCACCAAUGUCAACGAGCUGCUGAUGCUCAAUGAGCUGAAUCUGAACGAAUCCGGAACGAAUGGGUCGUCGGGUGGCCCAACUGGGUCCUCCUCAACGGCAGCGACGGCAUCAACCGGCCAGUACCGGGAUCUUAUACAGCUCAUCAAGUAUCAACGCGAGAAAAUCAAUACCCAGCAGGCGGAUCUGUCCAAGAGCUUACGAAGAGGACUUAAGUUCGACACCGAAAUCCAGUAUCUGGAGAGCAAGGGUCGCAAGCACCAGGAGCAGCUCGAUGCGCUUUCGCAGGAGAUCGGCAAAACGGAUCAGCUCUUCCGGCAGGGCAGCGAACAGCUCCAGACGCUCCAAUACGUUGAAGAGGAAAGCGAACUGGUCCGGCAGCAGGAGAAAACCCUCAAAUCCGAAAUCACCCUGCUCCGGUCCAAGCUGGCCAACUGCGAAACCGAGCUGCUCCAGUGCAAGAACAAGAUCCGGCUGCUGAUGGACGAGAUCCAGGUGGAGCAGCGCAAGUAUUGCCGACAGUAUGACUCUAAUCGUGUUCAGUUAGAACGCCAUCUAAUGUCUGAAGUUGACAGGAUACAACUGGAGAUCGAUUUGGCCAUCCAGAGCACCGACCAAGCGGGCAAGACGACCGACAAGCUGAAGAGCGAAGUGGCCGUCAUCGAGAGCAACAUUGCCGAGAAGAAGAAGCAGGUCGAGCAGCUGGUCCAGGAGAUGAAGGAGGUCAACCUGCAGAGUUUGGCCGUAGCGCCGGCCGAUGAAGUGCGGCAUCUGCUGGAAG